AAAAUUAAGUAUCCCGCCCAUACUCUUAUUCUUCACUGUAUAGCCCCGCGAAAUUUUUUUCUUCUUGUCUUCUUCAUUCCGCCAGUAACCCAAACUGCAGCAACUCCCCCUCCUCAACUCUGGUCGGAAACAGCUCCUUCCCAUUCUGCCAGUAAUACGGAUUCUCCUCAACUCCGGAGAGUGCAAAGAUUGAAGCUGCAAGGAACGAUUCCAAAAGAAAUUACAACUUCAAAAUUCUUGACAUAUUUGAAGAUCAACUUGAAUCACUUUUCAGAGACUUUGCCAGCAUUCUUGGGAAACUUUUAUGUAAUAGAACAAAUUUUUAGAUUGUAUAAAGCUAGCUUUGAGAGAAGAGGGGAUAAUGUGAUACAGAGUUAUUGAAGGAGCUUCAAAUCUUUAGGGAAGUUUUCAAACUUAGAGAGAAGAGGAAGAAGAAAUUGAGAUGCUUUUGGAAAACUACCUCCAAAGGUUUCGGGUGGAAAUAUUAGCAAGGAUCAUUGCCUAUUGGAGAUGGGAUUUCUUUAGUACGUCAUGCUGUCGGCCACUAUGUUGAGUGGCCUUCUCAUCUGAUCAUUCCUUACUAUUCAGAUUUGAAGACAAAGAAGCAAAAAAGGAAUGGUUCACCAAUACCUAAUGCCCCAAUGACACAAGAGAAGUCUCAUCCUUCCCAAAAACUUCCUAGUCAAAAUGAAGUAGUGUCAAUUAAAGCUAGUGCCCCGAUACUCUUCAAGAUUCCUAGUGGGGUUCCUCGCUUUCUCAAGUGUCUAUUAACUACCGUGAAGUAUGUAGAGCCAAGUUUCAUGAUCAAAAUUACGAUGGAUUUUGAGAUAUUCGGCCAUGAGAAUGAUUUAUAUAUCUCACAAGAAGAUAUAGUCCAUGUUGGCUUAAUGGAAGAGAUUGGAGCAUCAUGUGUAUCGUUAUAUAUCAGGAUUUUAUACUUCCAAUUAGUGAAAAGAGAGAUCAGUCACUUUUUUCGUUUUGUUGAGCCAAUUUGGUUAUCAAAUGUUGGAUCCACUGAAGAAGAACGAGUUGAACGAGUUGAUUCAAAUCCGGGUCAGAUGUGGUUGUUGCCAUAUCAUAAGGGAAAGCAUUGGAUGCUUAUAAUAAUUGAUUUUGAUCACCAAUUGUGCUAUUUCCUGGAUUCUCUUCACAAUUUUCCACCAGAUGAAAUCAAAUCUCUCAUUUCUCGUGUCUUUCAACAUUUACGCACAAAUAAUGCAAAAACUAAGGAAGUCGCGUGGAGAACAGUUAAGUGUCCUCGUCAACCAUUACAAUCAUUACAAUGUGGGUUCUAUGUUAUGAGGAUGAUGAAGGACUUCGUGACAAAUGAGUUUUCAAUGCGAUGGCUAACUAGUAAUUGUGGCGGGAAGAACUAUUACACAAAGGAUGAGAUCAAUGAAGUACGUGAAGAAUGGGCACAAUGCGUCAUGGAUUUGAUGAGUACUACAUAGGUCCACUCACUUUUGUUAACUUAGACUUUUAAUGAGAUAUACUUACAAUGUUAACUUAGACUUUCUUGAAGAUAUACACACUUUUGUUGUCUAACUAUAGUUUACAAUGCUUAUGUGAGUCAUUUUGUAAUUAACUUAAGACUCUUUAUUUUAGAUACUUAGUUCAAAUUCUAGUAUUUUAUAUUA